AUGAGAGAACGAAUAGAAACCUACAGAGUGAGGCAGAUUAAACGCGGAGGAUUAUCUCCUAUGGAUACUCGCCAACUACCUUCCUAUUUCGGCUUAACAGAGAUACUGCUUCGAACCAUGGCGUUUUGCGAACCCCCCAUGUCGAGCAGAUCUAUCAGUUCAGAAUGCUUCGAGAUGAGGAAUGUCCAAGUUGCAUCACCAACUUCUAUUGAUAUAGAAAUGAUUGGGAAUGAAGGAAUGUACUAUGACAACGAGUUUACACCUGUGAUGGGUAAAUUCGGGGCUCCACAAUGCCGAUGCACACCUUCGCUGAUCUCUCUAAUUGGAAUAUGCAUUGGGAUGAUUAUUAUGACAGUUGGAAUAUGUUUACUAAUUUUUUUCACGCACGAGCAGUUGUUUAUACCACCAGGAAUUACACUGUCGUGCAUCGGUUUUUUGCUUCUCCUCAUCGGAACCGUUUUUUGGACAUCAGAAUUUAUGUGUGAUGAUUGCAUUACUAAGUGCUUCACGAAGAUUCAAGAAGCUCCCAUGCGGAAUGCAAUCAAACGAAGAGAAGAGCGACUUAGAUCUCAAGCCAGUGGUCGAGUUGAUAGCAGAAUUUCAUUGAAUUCACGGAUUUCGCGAGUUAGCGGGGCAACAGAUGCAACUCUUGUUCGAUAUUGA